UGUCAAGCAGUUUCACUGAAACUGUCUCAUUCUGUGUGUGAACUCCUCUUUGCUUGCACGGACCGUCUUUCGCAUGGAUCAUUUAUCACUGGAUUUACCUGGGAAAGUUCUCUGCUACACCUAUACGGGACACUCGAGUUCAGAGUUUAACCCAGAAGGAAAAAAACAUGUCUCGUUCUGGCACUCUGGACCUGGACAAAUACAGCAGCUUGGGGAAAUCCCGAAGGUCCACUUCUCAUAAUCAACCCACAGUCCAGACCAAGCCUGGGGAUGUCCUGUGUGAUUUCUGCACCACCAGCAAGCAAAAGGCUGUGAAGUCCUGCUUGCUCUGCCUGGCCUCCUACUGUGAGAUCCAUCUCCAGUCUCACUACAACUACCCUGCCCUGAUGAAGCACAAGCUGGUGAUAGCCACGGGCCAGAUGAGAGAGAAAAUCUGCGCCCAGCAUGACAAGCUGCUGGAGGCUUUUUGUCGCACCGAUCAGACGUCUGUUUGUGUUUUGUGCAUGAUGGACGAACACAAGCACCAUGACACUGUCCCAGCUGGGACAGAGAGGACAGAGAAGCAGAAACAGCUGGGCUCCACUCUGCACAAGUCUCAGCAAAGGAUUGACGAGAGAGUGAAGAAAUGGCAGGAUCUCAGACAGGCUGUAGAGUCCGUUAAGCACUCAGCACAGACAGCUGUGGAUGAGAAUGAGCGUAUCUUCACUGAACUGAUACGCUCCAUUGAAAGGAAGUACAAUGAGGUAAAGGAGCAGGUGAGGGCCCAUGAGAAGACCACCGUCACACAGGCCGAGGGGAUGCUACAGCGCCUGGAGGAGGAGAUCACUCUCAUGAAGAAGAAACACACAGACCUGGAGAAGCUCUCACUCACUGACGACCACAUACACUUCCUGCAGAGUUGGCAGUCUCUGUCCGGUCCCUCAGGAUACGAAGACCUAAAUUGUGUCACUGUAGCCCCACACUAUUCCUUUGAUGCAACCAAGAGAGCCAUCGCCGCACUGAAGGUACAAGUAGAAGAGGUUAGCAAGGUAGAAGUCAGCAAAGUCUCCUCAGCAAUAAAGGAAGUCUACAUUUUGCAACCACUUGAACCAAUGAAAAAAGAGGUUUCCAUGAAAUUAAAACCGGUUGAUGUUCAACAACUUCAACCAAAGACAAGAGAAGAUUUCUUAAAAUACUACUGCCAGUUGACAUUGGACUCCAACAGUGCCCAUCCUAACCUUCACCUAUCAGAAGGGGGCACUGUAGCCAAGAUGAUGAACGAUCCCAAGAAUUACCCUGACCACCCAGACAGGUUUGACCACUGGCAGCAGGUACUGUGCAAGGAGUCACUGUCUGGGAGUCGGAGCUACUGGGAGGUGGAAUGGAAGGGAACAGAGAUAGAUAUCGCUGUAUCCUACUGGGGAAUCAGUCGAAAGGGAAAGAGCAAUGACUGCAGCCUAGGUUGGAACGAAAUGUCCUGGAGCCUGUAUUGUUCAGAUUCCAAAUACUCGUUUGUGCAUGAUAAUAAGAGUACAGACAUAGUAGUGCCGAGAUCAUCCAGAAUUGGCGUCUAUUUAGACCACAGGGUGGGUAUCCUUGAGUUUUACAGUGUGUCUGGGACUAUGAACCUCCUCCAAAGAGUCCAGACUACAUUUACUCAGGCUCUCUACCCUGCCUUUAGUGUGUGGGGUUUUGGUUCCAGUGUGAGACUGAGGCAAAACAGAGAAAUUCUUUAGCUAGGGUUUUAAGGGACCCAUUUACACUGUGUGGCUUAUUUUGCUCAUUUGUCUGUCUACAACUAUAAUUUCCAAGAGGUAUGCCAGCUGCAGGAAAUGUCACUGAUUGUGAUUGUUGAGAAAUUGUCAAGAUGAAUCAUGCAUGUAUGAUUCAUACAAAUAGUAAUCCUUUCUUUACUUUUCUAUUGCUUGUUAGUCUUAUAAUCACAUUUAAAUUGUGUGAAAUAUAAUUUACAUUUUAACUGAAUAAAAAACAACAGAAACUGCCAAUAUCUUUUAGAUGGUGAAGGC